GAAUUUCAAUUUAGUGAUUGGCAUUCGGCAACACUGAUGAAACGCCAUUUUCUGCAUAAUGUGCUGUUACUCGCUGUUCGUACAAAUGCCGGAAGAAUCAUAAUUGUUAACGAAUUCAAUUUAAUUUAUUGGGGAAAUUGAAUUUCCCCAGAAUGGCAGGAAAUGGAGACAUUCAGUGGUGUUUUUCACAAGUUAAAGGAACUCUUGAUGAUGAGAUAACAGAGGCUGAUAUUAUAUCGUGUGUUGAAUUCAAUCAUGAUGGAAACCUGUUGGCCACAGGUGAUAAAGGUGGACGAGUUGUUAUUUUUCAAAGAGACCCAUUGUCAAAGCUGUCUGUUCCAAAGCGAGGUGAAUACAACGUAUAUAGUACUUUUCAAAGUCAUGAACCUGAAUUUGAUUAUCUUAAAAGUUUAGAAAUUGAAGAAAAAAUUAAUAAAAUUAGGUGGCUUAAACGAAAAAAUCCUGCUCAUUUUCUACUUUCUACAAAUGAUAAGACUAUCAAAUUGUGGAAAGUAUCUGAGCGAGACAAGCGAAUCGAUGGCUAUAAUUUAAAGGAUGAUGCAGGUCAUUUAAAAGACCCUAUGUCAGUAACUAGCCUGCGUGUUCCUACAGUGCGACCUAUGGAACUGAUGGUGGAAGCAAGUCCAAGGCGCAUUUUCGCUAAUGCCCACACUUACCAUAUUAAUUCAAUCUCUGUGAACAGUGACCAGGAGACUUAUCUGUCCGCAGAUGAUUUACGCAUCAAUCUCUGGCAUCUAGAAAUUACGGACCAAAGUUUUAACAUUGUUGAUAUUAAGCCUACCAAUAUGGAGGAGCUGACUGAAGUGAUUACUGCUGCAGAGUUCCACCCUUCACAAUGUAAUGUGUUUGUGUACAGUAGUAGUAAAGGUACCAUUCGUCUAUGUGAUAUGCGAGCAGCUGCCCUCUGUGAUCAGCAUGCCAAAUUGUUUGAGGAGCCAGAGGAUCCAACAAAUAGGAGUUUCUUUUCCGAAAUCAUCUCUAGUAUAUCAGAUGUGAAAUUUAGCAACAAUGGACGUUAUAUAAUUUCUAGGGACUAUUUAUCUGUGAAAGUCUGGGACCUCAACAUGGAUAAUAAGCCAAUCGAGUGCUUCCACGUGCAUGAGUACCUUCGAUCAAAACUGUGUAGUUUAUAUGAAAAUGACUGUAUUUUCGAUAAAUUCGAGUGCUGCUGGAAUGGAACGGAUGGAUACAUUAUGACUGGCUCAUAUAACAAUUUCUUCCGGGUCUUUGACCGCCACACAAAGAGGGACGUUACUUUAGAAGCUUCUAAAGAAAUAGCUAAGCCUAAGACUGUUCUUAAACCUAGAAAAGUUUGCACUGGAGGCAAAAGAAAGAAAGAUGAGAUUAGCGUCGACUGCCUUGAUUUCGGAAGGAAGAUCCUACAUACUGCAUGGCAUCCUCAGGAGAAUAUAAUAGCUGUAGCCGCUACAAAUAAUUUAUACUUAUUCCAAGAAAAAUUGUAGUACAGUUCUUACCUCCUCUGAUAAGCGAUCAGCCCCAGCGGUGUUAAAACCCAAGUGUACUGGAAAUAACACUUGUGUGUGCCAUUUUUGAAGAGCGACUGUGCCACAGACUUCUGUUCAAUGCAAGCAACCACCAUGCUACACUUCCUUCAACAAUUUUGUCUUCCUUUUGUUUUGUUUCUCCCCUAUAAAUUUUUUUGUGCCCUCUCCCUCCCCCCUCCUUGCAGUUACAUUUCUUCAUUCAGUUGGUGGCCAUGCAUAGCAUUGGAGCAGGCUUCAAGGACAUCCAAUCAAGGAAAAUAAACUUGUACAUAAGAUGAGUAGGCAGCGUUGUGCUGUAUAUUUUUGCUGCAAUCUCCAAAUGAAAAAAAAGAAACUUUUGUUGCAUGCUUCUCAUAAAUAAAACUCAUUUUAUAAAAGAAAAAAAAAGUUAACUAAAAUGCAUAACUUGUGAAAUCAAAGAAACUACUGCUGCCUCAUUUCAUCUUUUUCUUCUUUUUUUACUCCGAAGCAUAGUCCUUUUUAUGUCCUGCUGUGCCUACAAAUAAAUUUAUUUAUAAGAAUUUCAUAGUGUUUUUAAAGCUACAGGAUAUUAGCAUCAAGAUAUAUAUCAAAUAAUUAAAUGCUUCUUCUUGCAAAAACUCCGGCAUUGAACAAAAUUACUUGUUUUUAUAGAUACUGAAAGGUUUCUGAAUAUUAACUGCAAUUUAUGACUUAAAAUAACUUAAGAUUCAAAUUUUUAGAAAGUCAUGAAACUCUCAUUUUCUUAUCAUGUUGUAAAGAUCUGAGUAUAAAAUGUCAUGGUGCUGUAAAACUUUUUUUUUAGUUUAUGUUCUUUUUUUGAGAACUUAAUCAUGUAAUCAUUUAUAAUAAUUAAAGUGUUAUUUUUAAUUGUUGUUAAUUUCAUUUUAUUGCAGAGAUUUAUUAAAUUCAGUUUUGAUGAAUUUUACUCUGCUUCUAAUCACUCCAUCUUCCGUUUUAUAUAUUCAUUUCUAUUAAACAAUUUCAGGAAAUGUGGGUUGCUUGUUUUUUAUAUCUAUUUAAAAUUUGGGUACACUUUUAUUUCUUGGUUUCCUUCACUGUUAUUAUGAUUUUUUUUUUUUUUUUUUUUUUUUUU